UAAUUUCUAGGAAACAAUGACGAUGAUCACUGAUCUUUCGUUGGAUUUGGUAGAGGAGAUACUCUCUAAAGUUUCGUUAACUUCUCUCAAAGCCGUAAAAUCCACUUGCAAAGGAUGGAACACUCUAUCCAAAGACGAGAGCUUUACAAAAAAACACUCAGCCAUAGAGUUUCCGGUGUUCUUGACCUGUAAAGCUUAUCGUUUUCAUAGAAGAUUUAAUCUCCACAGAAUCCAUAACAUCAAAGACAUGCCAUGUAUAAAGGAUACAGGUGAACUACAUAGUCCUAUCGGUUUAUAUAUAGAGUCAACCAGUGUGACGGCUUAUUGUUAUGCCUCGAUGAGCGUAACAGGCAAAGGCUAUUUGUAUGGAACCCGUAUUUGGCUCAAACCAGAUGGAUUGAGCUCAGAAUUAAUAGGACCAUAACAGAUCAGUGUGCUAUAGGAUACGACAGCAACAAGAACCAUAAACUCCUGUGGCUUUUCUAUGAGUAUGACAAUAAUGAUAAUGUCAAGCAUGAAAUCUACGAUUUUAAGUCUAGUUCAUGGAGGGUUCUUGAUAUCAUCACUCCUAGAAAUUUUAAACGGAUAUGGAAGAGAGGUGUGUCCUUGAAGGGAAAUAGUUACUUUGUUGUUGAUGGGAAAAUAUUAGGUUUCGAUUUUACUAGAGAGAAAUUUGGACCGUUUUUGGAUCUACCAUUUGAAACUCAUAAUAAGAUUCCAUAUUCUUGUGUCAGAGGAGAGCAGCUUGCGGUGCUAUUUCAAAGGCACCUAUAUGAAUUGGUGAUAUGGAUUACAACUGAGAUUAAGCCUGAUGCAGUGUCAUGGAGCAGUUUCUGUAAAGUUGAUAUGAAACCUUUUCUUGGCGACCAUGGGUUUAAAGUUGGCAGUUUCGUCAUUGACAAGGAGAAGAAAGUAGCAGUGGUUUGUGGUGACUGCGAGGAACGUAGAGAUCAUAUCUACAAGGGCCAAUGUUAUGUGGUUGGAGAGGAUGGAUGCUACCAAGAAAAAACGGAUAUGGAAGAUAUUGUGAUCUCUUAUGUUCCAAGUUUGGUGCAGCUCCAAUAAUUAAGGUCAAUCAGUACCUUCAUCGUGAGGCAAAAGAAAAGGAGGAGAUUAUUAGUCAUUUUACAAUAGCUUGUUUGUUUCUUGCAUCAUCUCUUUUUAUUCACUAAUUAUUGUUUUGAAAAAGCUUGGUCAAGUACCUCAAACAAACAUAUGCUUGGCUAGCCUGAAACUAUACUUAAUUAUAUUGUCGACACUCAUGCACAAAAUUACAUUGAAUCGUGCAAAAGCUUUGACAUCUGUCAAGUUUCAUAGAUUUAUGAGUACAAUAUAAGCGGUUUUGUGUUGUUAGUAACUUGGUACAUUCCUGGUCUGAUUCUCAAUUUGUGUUACAGUUAAAAAAAAAAAAAAAUACUACGAAACUAGCUUGUGAUACUCACUUUCUUUGUAAUCAACGUGGAGUUGGCGUAUUAAGUAAACUCUUAAAUUAUUUGGUAGGCGUUUAAAAGAUCAUAGGUUCGUAACUUCGCAUCUUGUUGGGAGAGAUCUUUUCUAAUACAGAGUUAAUUUAACUUGGUGUGGUCCUCUUGGCUACAGGGAUGUACGUCACUUAACGCAAAUCAGAGUUUUUAUUCUCCUUAGAAGAGAAAUGCAUGAUAAAUAUAGAUAAUAUAGGUUGUGAUCGUUCUAAUUGUAUUCACAUUUCCUAGCUACGAUGUUUCUGGUUUGUAAUUGUGUCGUAAAAGCUUUUUCUCUCGGGCACAGUUUCCAAAAAGAAAAAAAACCUAAAUCUUCGUUCUCCUCUCGGCGGCUCUGCCGUUCGCGAGUCGCCGCCUCUGCCGUUCGCGAGUCGCCGCCUCUGCUCUGCCGGCUUGCAAUUGUUCCGGUGGACUCCCCUUCUCAAACUCCAUCUUUGAUCUUUUCUUUUAACUCUUCAUAUAUCUCUUUUCAAUGGCAUCUUCUUCCCAACCCCCAGAUCUAAUUGAAAAAGUUGACAAUGGCUUAGUGUUCACCAUACUUCGCCGCUCUUCUUCAACUGGUUCUCUAAAAGUACCAGCUUCCUCAAUUGGGUUUGAUGGGUUUGUUGCUACUGCCGAAAAGUCUCCUUCAAGAACUAUUAUCCCCGGCUCACUGGCCUUCUCUCUCUGAUGGCCAACAUCACUCUGCAAACAAUCAUACUAGAGCCCCACAAAUGACAAACAGAGUUACUAACAAAGCUCUGGUCAAAGUCAAAAUUGCCUACUCCUGAAGUAAAGAAAGAUGGAAAUCUUCGAUUCCCUUGGGCUGAGAAGAUGAACCCAUCUGCCAGGAACCUCUACAAAACAACAUCUCCCACAUACUUGGAAGAUGGUACUCCAAUGGUAACAAUCCCGAGCAAACUUCUGCUUCAUGGUCCUGAAAAUCAGAAAGAGUAUAUUAUUGGCCAGUUUCAUCGCUGUUCUAUUCCGUCAGAUGUAUCUACACGUUCUUGGAUUCUUCAGAGGGGAUUAUGGCAUUUGGAUGACUGCUUGAUGUUUGUAGCUCCUUGGAGUCCUGCAGCUUCAUUAUCUCUUCCAGAGAUUUCCACUAUUCCAGUUUGGGUAACUCUAAAAAAUAUCCCCAGUAGGUUAUACUCUAAUCCAGGAAUAAGCCGAAUUGCCUCUGCCCUGGGAGCUCCAAUGCUGACAAAUAAGCCCAGACUUGACCCUACUCUCAUGGGUGAGACAAAAAUCUUGGUGGAAGUUGAAUUGGACAAGCAAUUCCCGCAGAAGAUCGCUUUGAAUGACAAAAGGGGUACUAUAUCAUUGGUUGAUGUAGAGUAUUCGUGGAUCCCAACAAAGUGUGGUAAGUGUGGACACUUAGGCCAUAAAGACUCAAGAUGUCUGCAAAAAUCUGCUCAGCCUAGGAACUCGAGUCAUCCGUCUAAUGAUCAAAUAGGAGCUUCGCUUGCUUCUGCAAGUGUUUACCCUUCUGUUUUAGUCCCUGAAGUUGCUACAGAUGAUAUGAGUAUUUAUGCUUCUGUUACUGUGGCAAGGACUGAUUCAGCCAUUAUUCCAACAGUCUCUCCUCCAGUUGCUGCCGUUGCGUCAGUCACAAGAACUCCAGUUGCUGCAGUAGCGUCCAUCACAGGAACUCCUGUUGUUUCCGCUGCAUCAGUCACAGAACAUGUCCCUACUUUAAUGGCUCCCUCACCUACUGUGAAUAUUGGUUCAGUCCAUGUCCCAUCCACUUCAGUCUCGACCACAGUCAUUCAAGCCAUAGAAGCAUUACCUACUACAUCAGUUGCUACUCUAAAGUCUACAUCAGUAUCUGAUGGCCAAGUACUAGCUUCUUCACCUUCAUCCUUUUUUGAGAUCCUCCCUACAACUAACGAGUCAGAACCAUCUACUCCAGCCACCAUCUUUAAAGCAACAACAACAGCAACAGCCACUCCUUCUAGCAAUUCAGCCUUGUCUGAAAAUGCUCCGCUUAAUACAGACCAUACAACUACUUUGGAAGAUCUUCCAGCCACAGGGAGUGUUUUUUUUAACGCCCCCACCCGAAGUUUCAAGUGAUAUUCCACCAUAUUCCGGAGGUUUGUCUUUUACUCCUUUCACAGGUGAUUGCACAGGUUAUUUUAAUGAAUUUGAAAUGGCCCAACGAUCACGACAUGGAAGAGAGCUGAAACCAUCUCAGAAGGUCCAAGAUAUGCAGUGGCAAACAGUAAGAGGUCGCAAAAGCCAGGGCUGCCGAGGCAGAGGUCGUCACGGAGACCAACACUAAAGUUAUUUAGUGAGCUAAUCCCUUUCUCAAUUUUUUCAAAUGCUUAGAGAUUUAUGCUGUAAUUCUCUAGCUCCAUAUGAUUUUUCAAUCAUCUUUCUUUCACAAGCUUUACUUUGAACUCUAUGAUGUCAAAUUCAUAGCCUUGUAACUUUAUUUUCAGCAUUGCAAUUUAAAUAUGAAAGCCUUUUACAAAAAAAAAAAAAUGUUUCUGGUUUGUAUACAGAUAGCAAGGGUUACAGAUAGCAUGAGGACAAGGGUCGGUUCCCCAAAUAGAGCAUUAUAUCAGUAAAUAUUAGGAUCAUUACAGCAAUCUACUAACAUGUAAACGAACAGGCCAUAGAAGAUUAAUCCUUUCUUGUUAUUUUCAUCGUUAGAUUUGUUAAUUUGCCUAAGUGGCAGAGACAUAUGACACCUACACAGUAUCUGGUUCAAAAUUUCAAAGCUAGAUUAUUAAACCGAAGUAUAUAUAUAUAAAAGGUGUUUGAGAAGAACAACACUGAAAGUUGUUGAGGAAGUGCUUCAGAAAUCAGAACAAAAUGUGAAUGCAAUUAUUCAUAAUCCUGCCGGAAAUUACAGGGAUAUUUAUUAUUAAAAAAAAAAGAAUCUUUUGGGCAAACACUGGUGGUGCCAACAAGAAGCCAGCAAAGGUUGUUCAAAACAGACUCCUCUCCUUCAAGGUGGAUAGAUAUCAUAACU